GUCUGAAAUUCCUCCAAGCUUGCCAUUGCUAGAUUCCUCCUGCAGAUUCAGCCUCGCGAUGCAGCCCGUCACCGGACCUUAGUUUUGUUCAAUGUGCCGGCUGCUAUGCUUGAUGCCCUGUCUCGACGCAAUUGUGCUUUGGUGGUUCUUCACGCGGGGCAAUGCAAUUGGGCUCGCAAUGCCUCUGUCACUUGAAUAGAGCAGCAUGCCUCGGCCGGCGGCAAUCACAUCAAGGACUCGGCGCGAUUCGACGAACAGUCCAAGUCUUGCCGACAACUUCACGCAGAAGCUUCGCUACCUCCAAACCAUCGUCACGCGCACCCAGCCUUGAUCCGCGCGGAUCCGGCUACCCGAGAUGUAGCCCAACUUUCCUGCACACUGUCGUCGACGUUCGCGAAAUAAACAGCACAACUACAUACACGAACAUCGCGCCGCAACCUUCAGACAGCCCGCCUCCUGGACCCAGACCAGCCUUUUCUCAAUCUCGGAGUGCUCGAGGUCUACCAACACAACGAGAACUCGACUUCAACACCAAAAUCGACUCGGACGGCGACAUCUGGCUUCCCGAUAAGUCCGAUGUUGAACUCGGCGAAAUACCGGAGAACGAGGAUGACUUUUCACCAUGGCUCAAUCUUCUUAUCGCCGCAAGGGAAAAGCAUGGGAGAGGGGGUGUGCUUGCUGUUUGGGAAGCUGUGCAACGGCGCAGGUCAUGGAGGGACUUGACGAGCGAAGAAGCCAAAUCGUUUUGGAGCAUCAUUCUGGAAACUGUGGUCCACGACGAGGGCAAGCUCAAGGGCGUUGCGCUAUUUGCAGAGUGUCUUCGUCAUGACAACUCUGCCCAAUGGCCGUCGUUGUACCUCACGACAGUCUCACACUGCCUCCGAAAGGGCCAGUAUCGGCGAGCACUGCAGUGGCAUAUGCGGUUGAUGCCGAACUUCGACCCUGGACAGGAGGCCUUCGGUACCUUAUUAAGACAAUUUGCAGUCACCACCGAACCCGACAUGCAACAGACAUUGCAAGCACUUUAUCUUACAGCUAUACACCGCGGAUUCUACAACGAGAUCAUCCCCCUCCUCUACGAGAGCGGUCUCUCCCAACUAUGCGCUGGAUGGCGUCACGCGUUCAUACGUCACGACGAUCUGCCUCCGCCUAAUGCCGAGUCACAGCCGUACCUGAGGUUCCUCGCUCGCUACUAUCCGACCACUGCCCUCGAACUGGAGGAACAGGUCGUCAUUGGCUUGAACUCCAAGGCGUACUGGGACGCCCAGGACGACUCAUUAUGGGAGGCCAUCAAUGACACACAUGGCGAUGAGAGUGGACCUCCGGGAAGACAGCACAGCGAUAAGCUUGGUGCGCGAUGGUUUGCAAGCUCCUGGGUGCCUCUCGACUUUGCAAUCCAUGCCGUCCACGCCCUCGGAGUGCACCACAUCGGCCCUCUAUCCCUCCAGUCGAUCGCCUUGCGCGAACCGACGGCCAAAGGGGUCAUGGCCCGGAUCGAGCAGCUGCGGACAGUUAACAUCGGCAUUGGGCAUUCAGCCUACGCAUGGGUGCUCAAACGUUUUGCUGAGAACAACGAUGAAGAGCUGCUCGAGGAAUUGCUGCACACGGAUAUACACCCAGAUGUCUUUGACGACCCCGCGAUGCUUGCCAGCAUCCGUGACAAGGCCUUUGAUGAAGGAGACUGGAAAACACACAGGCUGUUGCUGGCGGUCCAGCCGGCAAUGGUGGAAGACUCGGUCGACUCCACGUCGAAUAUCUUGUUGCAUCAUUUCAUCGACGAGGGGAGGUUCAAGCAAGCCUUGGCGUUGCUGGAUGAGAUGCGAACGAUGGAUAUCGAGGUCCACGCAUCGACAAUACAGCACAUCUCUGCGAGUCUUCUCGACCCCUUGCCGUGGAACCCAAAGACUACCGCACACAAUCAGGAGGCGUUCUCCACAGCAAUUGCCUUUCUGACACGCCUGACGUUGCUGCAGAAGCCUCUGCAUUCGAGGUAUUGGCAGAAGAUCCUCUUCGGACUCGGCAAAUUCGGCCGUUUUGGCGUGUUGGAGGAGAUCAGCCUUGGCAUACUGGACACGUAUCAGCGUCUUUGCAUCUCCAAUGCCGGACUGCUUCCGGUCCACCCGCUGGACGCACCGCCGUUAGGCGUAGAGAGCUCGGCUAGGAACGUUCUUGUCCCGACAGACUUGCCCAUAUCGCACGAGCAGCACCCGAUACGCCGAAUCUUUGACAAUCCUGCUCUACACGCCGCCAUUGUUCGUUGGGGGUUCAAGGCAGGCGGCUCGCAAUGUCUUGAUUCUGCGAAGGAUGUCUCCUCGGAUUCAAAGACGACAGGCGGCGGGUUCUCCCUCGCCCGGGGUGUGCGAUUGCUCGCGGUCCUGAAUGAUCGAGGCAUUCCGUUCCGAACGUCCGUUGUCCAGGAGGAGGUCGUCAAGUGCUUGGCUCGGAUGUACUUGUCCCGAGUCAACAGCGCGCCGAGGAUGAAUGCGGACUUGCCUCCGUUGAAGAGCACUCUGGAGUUGUUCAACAAGGCGGCUGGACGCAGACUGUUGCCGGAUGUGGCAGAAUUACAAGACCUCAUGACCGAGGCACGGGGGAAGCAAAGGAGGGGACUAUGACUGCCGAGCCGCGAGUGCAAUCUCUCUUGUAAAAACAGCAUGUAAUAAAUAACAAUCAUACACCAAGUGACAAGCGA